AUGGCCCACAAUAAAGUAAGUUUAUAAAAUAAAAGUUAAUGUUUAAGGUGAUAAAGCGAUUGGAAGAGAGACAGAACAAGGCCAGGGAGAUUGUAUUGCCAAAUGUGAUUCCCUGGGAGUACGGAUCCAAUAAAUAUGCCUCUCAAACUGGGUCUGGGGGCUUCGGAAAUAUCAGAAAAAACGGUAAAUUAAGCUGAUUUAAUUUUGCUUUCGAAGAUAAUAAUGCAUUUUAAUUUUAGUUCCUGAGAUUAUAUGUACCAGAGAGUUGACCAAUAGUCAUAAUGGCAACGUUCCAUUUCAUCUCUGUCCGCCUUUGAAGAAGGCUUAUGCAAGUCAAGCAGGACAAACACCUUUUGGAGGAUUCCGAGAACAAGUUUUGUGGGUCAGAGAGCAUGUAUGUGAUUGAUUCUAUUUUAAUAAUGCCUGCCAAUAUCUUCUCCUGUAGAAUGAUGAAGAGAAAAAGGUCCCUCGAGACAUUCUAACGGAUUGGAAGGCCACAGAACGGUCGAUGCCCCUAUUGGCCAAGUCAAAUCCGAACGCCAAGAACGAUUCGAUCGGUAAAAUACGAGAAAAUGUUAGUCGGCCAGUUGGGGGAUUACAAAUGGGAUACAAAGAUAUGAUCAAAUGUUUGGCCACCGUUCCCAGAUUCCAAUGUAUGGAUCAAAUUUCGUCGAUUAGAGAUGCGAAUGAAAAUAAUGGAGAGGUACGUGUGUGUGUAUUAAUUGAUUAAUUUUUAUGGUUUCAGAAAAUGGUAGGAGGAUUACAUCAUCAUCGACAGAUCGUUACUGAAAUUGUUGGACUGAAUAGGACCGAACAAGAUCAGCUAGAUUCCAAUCGUUAUAUGGCCUGGCUGGGCGGACAAGUAAGUUAUUCGUCUCUUGUCGGAGUAUUCCUCAAUCGUGAUGAUUGUUUGAUCUUGUUACAAUUAUCCAUCGAAUAGACUACAAAGUCCGAAGAAAGAUCUUUUCCUUUGACCCUAGUUUGCUUACUUUUCUCCUCGGGCAACCACUUUUCCUUUAACCCUGUAUUUGAGGAAAUGCUUACCGUAAACAUUCCAGCUAACACUCCAAUCUCAAGCUCGAACAGGCGGCUUUAACAAGGUCAGGGAUGUGAACAAUCAGACCUAUUAUGAUCAUGUUCUACCUGAUGAUCGAUUGUCACGUCAAGAGCUGGAGGAACGGCGAUUGAAUGAAAGAAAUCGACGGAAACUCGAACUGGGAAUAGAGCGGGCGGAAGAGGAGGCGGUCGAGGAAUCUGUGGCGGAAACGGUGCUACUCAAACCCGGGAAGCGGGAUUCCGACGACGAGGAUGGUGAGAAAAGCGAGGAUGACGUCGAUGAUGAAGAAGAAGAGGAAGACGACGAAUAA